UGUCCGGAGACGUCGAGUGCGUCGCAUGGCUCCAAACCUGUUGUCCCCAUACAUAUCCCAACCACAAACGAAACAAUCUGCCAUCAAAAUCGACCUAAAACAAGGAGCUGCACUGGUAUUUGGAGACGAUUUGGAUGCAAGUGAGGAACUAGUGUCUAUGCAUGACACUAUCCUAACCAGAGGCAAUUUGGGCUGCUUCCAAGGGAAUGGGUGGAUAGGAAACGACGUCGUCGAUGCCUACUGUAGAUUGUUGCAGUAUCAACAUGAACCGAAGUCGAAACUUUUUCUAUCCCCCUACAUAGCUGAAAUGGUAAUCCACUCCCAGGCAAAAAACCUAGUUAGGGAGGCAGUUAUUGGACGCUUUGAACCACAUCUGUAUCAGAUUGAUAUUCCAUAUGUCAAUGUUAACGAGGUGGAUUCAUAUGUUUAA